AUGGCUGCGAACUACUGGGUCUCGACCCAACGCAAGUUCUGGACAUUCACACCCGAAAAACUGCUCGAGAUCCGCGACGACCUCGAGAAACAAAACGCCAAAGUCCUCGAACAAUGGCCCUAUCCUGACAGAAGACUAAUGUUCAUCUUCCUCAGAGACAAGAUUUUGCAAUUGGGCAAGAGGCUGCAAUUCCGCCAGCAAUGCGUUGCUACCGCCAUGGUCUACAUGCAGCGGUAUUUUCUUUCGACCCCCAUGCAGAACGUCAACCUGUACUUGCUUGUCGCAACGUCUUUCUACCUUGCCUCUAAGACAGAGGAGUCCUCCCAUCAUAUCCGCCUUGUCGCGGCUGAAGCACGCCAAGCAUGGCCCGAGUUUGUGCCGGGGGAUGUCUCGAGGCUUGGUGAGAUGGAGUUCUGCCUCAUCUCCGAGAUGCGCUCACAGUUGAUUGUCUGGCACCCCUACCGCUCGUUGAUCGCGUUCAAGGAGAAUCAAGACCUCAAAUUGACGAAUGACGAACUUGGCCUGGCUUGGUCCAUUAUCAAUGAUAGCUACAUGACCGACUUGCCGUUGACCUGUCCCCCACAUCUUAUUGCCAUUAUUGCCAUGUUUCUUGCUGUGGUGUUUUUACCUACUGCCAAAGCGGACGGCACGUUACGCCCUUUACCUCAUGAGACCCUAUCAAACCCAGACUCCGGCCACUUUUCAUCUCUUGGCGUCGGCGGCCGCCAGAGCCUGUCCGCUCCUUUCAAUAACGUCCUUGGCAAUCUGCAGAUGUCGAAUCAGAUAGUCGCUCAAAGCAACGCCAAUGCCAAUGGUAAAACGCCGUCCCUCAAUCAAAAUGAUGCAAUUUCGCAGCAGCCGUUGGACAAGGAAAAGGCGAUAACCUUGGCCAAGGAAAACGAGAAGAUGCAGAAUACCAUCAAAUUCCUGGUCGAGUCCGGGAUCAACAUUGAACAAAUGAUUGAAGGCACACAAGAGAUGAUCAGUCUGUACGAUAUCUGGGAGCAGUACAAUGAAAAGGCGGUCAAAGACGUCGUUGCUCGAUGUAUGAAGACGCGAGGAUUGGAUAGCUAG